UUCGGCCCUGCGGGUCGCCAAGGCAACGGGCUCCGCGGCGCGCGGCGGGCGCCGGGCAGCCCGGGGGAGGCGCUGCGGGCAGCGGGCCGGGGAGCCGCGGCGGCGGGGAGCAGAAUCUCCACUUGAACUAAGCAACGGUGGAAAACCAGAAGAAAUGCGAGCUGGGAGAAGCUGAGCCUGGCCUGCAGGGCGAUGAGAGCCGCAUGAUGGAGGUCGAGUCCUCCUACUCCGACUUCAUCUCCUGCGACCGCACCGGCCGGCGGAACGCAGUCCCGGACAUCCAGGGGGACUCGGAGGCCGUGAGCGUGAGGAAGCUGGCCGGAGACAUGGGCGAGCUGGCCCUCGAGGGCGCAGAGGGACAGGCGGAGGACAACAGCCCUGGGAAAGCGGCCGACACCCCGCCCAAGAGCAGUGACGACGGGACCAGCAGUUCUUCCUGAGCCCGGCCCUACCCAGAGGCCGGAAGAGAGACGCACUGACC